AUGGACACGACGGCACCGCCCUCGAUGGAGGCACAGGGCGCGCCGCCGUCGCAACAGCAGCAACAGCAACAGCAACAGCAACAGCAACAGCACGUCCACGACCCGCGCACCAACGGCCUCUCACGGCAGCCCAUCGACCCCCUCGACCCCCUCUCCGCGCCCCGCUCGCAGAGCCUCACCCAGCAAGACCGCGCAGACGCCCCUGUGCGCUCCAUGACAGACCCCGCCCAGAACGAGCAGCAACUGCAGCCCCCCAAGCCGAAGCGUAGCGGCAAGAUCUGCGGAAAGUGCGGCGAGGGCCUGACCGGCCAGUUCGUCCGCGCAUUGGGCGGCACAUACCACCUGGAGUGCUUCACCUGUCACGAUUGCGGCAAAAUCGUCGCCUCCAAGUUCUUCCCCGUCCCCGAGAAGCCUCCGGGCCAGUACCCUCUCUGCGAGACCGACUACUUCCGCCGCCUCGAUCUGCUGUGCCACGAAUGCGGCCAGGCCCUCCGUGGCUCCUACAUCACCGCCCUCGAGCGCAAAUACCACAUUGAGCACUUCACCUGCUCCGUGUGCCCUACCGUCUUCGGCGCCUCGGACAGCUAUUACGAACACGAAGGCAGCGUCUACUGUCACUACCACUACUCCACCAAGUUUGCCCAGCGCUGCAAUGGCUGCCAGACAUCCAUCCUCAAGCAGUUUGUCGAAAUCUACCGCAACGGCCAGAACCAGCACUGGCAUCCCGAAUGCUACAUGAUCCACAAGUACUGGAACGUGCGCCUGCACUCGACCGGCCAGCCUGUCAUCGAGAGCAUGCACGCCGCCGAAGGCGAGGCUACAGACGCCGUCCGCGACAGCGUGCGACAGCAAGAGGAGGAGAUCGAAGCCAAAGUCAACUGGAUCUGGAAGACGCUGUCCGCCUUUGAAGAAAAGUCCGCCACAUGCAUCUCCGACAUGCUGCUGCACGUAAGCAACGGCGCCUAUGUGGACGGCGUCCUGGCGGCCAAAAAGUUCAUCAUCCACGUCGAGCUGUUGUUCAACGCUGCAGACGACCUCGAUGCCCAACUGGUCGCCAAAACCCCAAAGGGCCUGACGUACUCUCGCGAGGCAAAGCUGCUCUGCAAAAAGGUCGUCGCCUUCUUCGCCCUCCUCACCCAGUCCCAAGGCACAGGCGUGCGCCGUCUGGGCGUCACACAAGAACUCCUCUCCCUGGUCACCGGCCUGGCUCACUACCUCAAGCUGUUGAUUCGCAUCUGUCUGCAAGGCGCCUUGAAGCUCGAGCGCGAGACAAGGAGCUCCACCGGGCUCACGAGCUUCCUAUCCCAGGUCAACGCACUCGACGCCAAGCUGGAAGAGGAGGCAUCGAGGGACCCAACGGCGGAAGCAGCCGUCCUCAUCCCCAGAUGGGCCGACGCGUGUCCCAUCUGCGAUCUCCAGGUCGAAGACAAGUGUCUCCACCUCAACAACAUGUCCUUCAACUACAGCUGCAUGCUAUGCCGCAGCUGCAACGCCGACCUGCGCCACGACAUCAGACAAGCGUACUGGAGCCCGUCGUCGAAACGCGUCUUCUGCCCAGCAUGCGCUGCAGCACAGCCAGAUGCGGAGAACGGCUUCCGUCACGUUACCAAGCUGCGCCAGUACGUCCACCUGCUCAAGGUAGCGCACGCCCGCCUCAUGGCUACGCUGCGCUCCAGCGGUGCCCUGCCUCACACAUCCGAUGACCCUAACCUGACAGGCUACGAUUCCUCCCUUGGCCACCGCAUGGACAACAACGGCACCGCGCUGGCACCUCCUCACCUGCGAGGCGACGCCCGAUCCAAAUCAUACAAUGGCUCUGAUGCAAACCCCGCUGGCCAGGGCAGCUCCAAUGCUGCGUACGAGCAGUCCAUGUCUGACAUCAAACGUCUGCGCUCUACACGCCUCGACAAGCACCUCUCCAACACCAUGAAACGAGCCCGUGCAUCGAGGAUCAUCGAUGGCUCAGAAGGCUACGAAGCGGGAGCCAACACGGAGAUGCGCGGUGGCAUGCAGAUUGUCAACGAACGCGACCAGGUCGACAUGAACAGCGCCACGCUCGCCGUCAACUCGCUUGCGCUGGACGACAUUGCCCGCAUGGCCGCCAUGGAACAGCAGCGAGAGCAAAGACCCAACGCCUUCCGCGCUGGUGGCACGGCGCUCCUCGGCCAAGAUCACGCAAAGGUACGCCACGGCCACCGUCGCGACUUCUCAGGAGGCCAAGACUUGAACCACAUCGGUGAUGGUCGCUCCCGCACCUUCUUCUCGGAACUGUCUCCACUGGAGUACUUCAAGCUGAAGGGUCUCGCUGUGUUGCAGCUAGGCCUGCUCCUCGACGAGAACCAAUACAACCAAGAGGACCUGCUCGACCUGAUCGAGUCCAAGAAGCACAAUUUCUGGGGCAAAAUCGGCUUCGGCAAGGCAAAAGGCAAACCGAAGAAGCCUUCAACGGUCGAGAAGCCAGCUUUUGAGAACGCCACCUUCAAGCAGUCCCUAGAAUGGCUAGUGGAGAAGAAGGGCUGUGAGUGUACGGAAGGCGUAGGACCGGGUGCGUUGAAGGUUCCAGCGUUGCUGCAAGAUGCCAUCACCGCGAUGAGGAACAUGGAUAUGUCUAUCGAGGGCGUCUUCCGAAAGAACGGCAACCUCAAGGCAUUGCGAGAGCUCGAAGUCGAGGUAGACCAGAAGGGCGUGGAACAAGUCGAUCUCAGUUCGAAAAACCCGGUCAUCCUCGCCAACCUUCUCAAACGCUUCUUGCGAGUCAUGCCGGAUCCAGUCUUGACGUUGAAGCUCUACAAGCUGUUCAUGACAGCCAAUGGCAAGUGCUCCAGUCACGACCCGCUCGACCUUGAACUAACCAGACCAGACAUUGAGGAUGAAGAGCGGAGAAAAAAGGUUCUCCACCUGGUGCUGUGCUUGCUGCCAAAAGCCCACCGCGAUACGAUGGAGGUUCUGUUCUGCUUCCUCAACUGGGUGUCCUCCUUCCACACCGUCGAUGAAGAGUCGGGUAACAAGAUGGACACAUGGAACAUCGCAACUGUGAUAGCUCCCAACAUCCUCCGGGAGAGCAACGACAAGGAAGUCCGCAGCGUCGAUCAAGGCGCGGUCAAGGUUGUUUUCGAUCUCAUCGAAAACAACGAUGAAUUCUCCGAGGUGCCUCCCGAGAUCAUGGAGCUCCUCAGCGACGACAGCGCAACCGAUAUGAGCGCCAAGGAGAUUAUGCGACGCUGGGAGCAGCGAGGCAAAGAUCCUAACGCGCCUACCUUGGCAGCAUCACCCAAGAACCAAGGGAGCAUUGCAAAACGCAGAGACGAACGAAACGCUCCACAGAUUACUGACGCAGAUGACAAUCCCACAGCCAUGGCAGGCGAGUCGUCGGUACGACACGUUGCAAACGCUGCUGGGAACAAGAACACCUCGCCAUCGCGUCCUCACGACACGGGCGCACCGAUUCUACCCUACGGCCCAAACCCACAAGCUUCGGCGGAAAGCCAUCGUACCGCGUCGCCACAUCGACAUAGCUAUCGCUCGCCGCAGUACCAAAAGCAGCAGCAGAUCAGCACCACGGGAGCAGGAUGA